AUGGAGAGUUUUUUCCUGCUUCCCAGGAUGAAGAGAGUUGUGAUUCAACAUGAAGUGGUCCUGGCUCUUCAUAUACUCUUGGGAUGGAGUCAUGGAGGAAUCCCAAAGCUAGUUUGCUCCGGACGCGUCUGGGUGGAACCAGCCUCAGUCUUUGAGAUGGGUCUGAAUGUUUCCAUCUAUUGUCAGGCGGCUAUAAAAAACUGUCAACCAAGGCGAUUCCAGUUUUACAAGAACAGCCAGCUCGUGAGAGACAGGCUCCGUGUGACCAGGAUCGAUGGGAUGACCGUCCGGCUCCGGUACAGCAGCUUCAGAGAGGCAUCGGCCUCUGUGCUCUGCACUGCUCUGUGCCCUGGAGAGCACGAAGAGACGCUUGUGUGUGGAGACGACAUCUCGGCGGGAUAUCCUCCAGACGCUCCAGCUAAUUUAACCUGUUUCAUCCGUGAAUACUCGAGCUACGUGGCUUGUACUUGGAAUUGUGGGAAAGCUACGUAUCUCGAAACUAAAUACACUGUGCAUGUGAAAAGUUUACAGACAGCAGAAGAGCAACAGUACAUCCCCUCUGAAUUUCUCAACAUCUCGACAAAUCAAUUACGGGGUGGCCCACUGUAUUUCAUCUGGGUUCGAGCAGUGAAUGCCCUGGGUGUGAAAAUGUCAGCUCCUCAGCAAGUUCACCUUGAUGAGAUAGUGAUACCUGCUGCACCCGUCAUCAUCAAUGUUGAAAAUGGAAAUGCUUCGGUCCCCAAAACUUUUAUCUACUGGAAAAAGCAAACAUCGAUCGAUAACGUUUACUGCGAAACAAGAUACAAGGCCACAACAAGCCAAACUUGGAAUGUUGAAGACUUGGAUGCCCGCUUUCCAAACGGGCAGCGCAUAGGCUACGACUUGGAGCCGAACACAAAGUACGAGUUUCAAGCCAGAUGUUGGAGGAGCGUGAGCCAGCCGGUGGGCAAUGGUUGUCAGGGGUGGAGUGAGCCCUUUUUCCUGACCACCCCAAGGACAGGCCUCGGGUCAUCGCUGCAAUGGUCCACACAAUCGCCUCUCCAUAUCGAGCCUUUGAUUGCUUCCGUCUUUAAGGAACACCCUACUUUUGACAGAAGCCAUAACAACCAUGGGGUUUUAGCUGGGAUGAUACUCUGUGCCAUCCUCCCUUCCACUGGCCUUCUAGUGCUGAUACUUAAAAAAUCAUUGAGAAUCCGAGUGAAAAGAAGACUCUGGUCACUGCUGCCCAGCUGGCUUCAGGAAGACAUUCCCAACAUAAAAAACAGUAGUGCCAUGAAGACCUUGAAGGAGAAGAGUGAAUUUACCAUGAAGGAUUCGAGCCAGCAGUUCCUGUACUCUGACCCGGAGAUUACAGAGGUCCAGGAAACCUUCCCACAGGAGAAAUUCAAACCCAAGGGCUGCAAAGAGAAAAUCGGAAUGACAUCCCCAGAAAAGAGACGGGAUCUGGAAAACCCACCGAGUGUCAAGCCCACUACCCCCAAGCUUUCUGAUCUUCCCGAUCCCAGCCUGGGAUACAAGCCCCAAACCUCAAACUUCCUCCUGGGGGAACCCCGCCAGGGCUACGCCAAUGACAUGGAUUCCUCAAUCGUGGAUCUCCAAUUAGCCCCCUUGGGCCUGGGCAAGAAUGUCUUGAUGAGUGGCUACCCUAGGCCUGUGUCCCCUAUCUCCGAUUCGCUCAUUGGGAGUCACACAAUUUUCCUCGAAGACCUGAGUCUCGUUUUCAAUGGCGGCGGGUGGGGUUCGGCUGGCAUAUGUGGCAUACGUGACCUGGAGGAGGGCCAAGUGUCGGAAAACCGACAGUCUGGGAAAAAUCUGCCAGAGCAAACACUGGUGCCAGACCAAUUGCUCUCAUGUCUGGGAACGCCAAAAGAAGAUCUUCUCGACAUACACUCCUACAUCCCCCAAACGGCCGGGCGAUGGAUUCAGUCGGGUACAUUGUUGGAAAAGUCUGCUGUUUUACCACACUGA